GCGGCCUUUGAUUGCGCCAUCGACUACGCAGGUAAGCGUAGCGCAUUCGGUGCUCCGAUUGGUCGUUUUCAGGCUAUCCAGAUGAAACUGGCCGAUAUGGAAGCACGCAUACAAUCGGCUCGUCUCCUCACCUAUUCGGCGGCUCGAAUGAAGGACAAGGGUGAACCCAUCACCAAACAAGCUGCCCUGGCCAAGCUGGUCGCUUCCGAAACGGCUACCUUUGUUACUCAUCAGGCUAUCCAAAUUCUCGGUGGCAUGGGUUAUGUGUCAGCUAUGCCGGUUGAAAGACACUAUCGCGACGCUCGCAUUACGGAAAUCUACGAGGGCACCAGUGAAAUCCAAAGGCUUGUCAUUGCAGGCAGUCUCUUCAAAGAGUACGGCAUCAAAAUUUAA